UCACGCGACCUGGCUGCCUUUUUAAAAAGACGGCGGGAAUCGCUCUCUUUAUUUCUUCGGUUCUGCUGAGAAGAGCGUUCUGUCCCGCGUUCAUUCGCAGAAAACCGCGCGAUGGUGCGAACUAAAGCUGAUAGCGUUCCCGGCGCGUACAGGAAAGCUGUUGCUGCCUCUGCGCCUCGAAAAUCCCUCGGCGCUUCCGGCUCCGUGAACGCGCACAGCAGCGGCGCGCAGUCGGGCACGCCUGCUAAGAGUAAGUACGCGGGGGGUAACCCUGUGUGUCCGCGGCCCACUCCCUCGUGGCAGAAGGGCAUCGGAGACUUCUUCGGUGGCCCCAGUCGGAAACCAGAGAAGGAGAACCUUCACCCCGCGCCUGAUGAUGAAGAUGAAGAAGAGGCGGGCGGCAGCGGCGUGGCUAAAGUGCCCAGGAAGUCCAGACCCAUCAUUGAUGAUGAAGAUGAGGAAGAGGAUUGAUCUCUUGAUCUUCAGUUUACAUGUUUCAUUGAUGCUUGAGUAUUUUUAGUGUAAAUCUUUGUAAAUACUUUUAAUGGAUGUCUCGCUGGUUUUGUACAGAGGUUUAAUAAAAUGAUUUUUCAGAGUUGUUGUUCCGAUCUCUACAGAGUGAGACUAAACCUGAUCUGAUGACCGAUGUGUGUUUAACAAGCCCUCGAGGGUUCAGUCUUUGACUCUUAGGAGUUCAGUAUUGUGAUGCAUCCAGGAAUAAAGAGUCUCGAGGAUGAAUAUAUAUUACUUUAGAUCAUGAUCUUGAUGCUAGAUGGAGAUGUCACAAAUAGCUAUUAUGGUCUUCUCUUGGUUCCUGCAUGUCUUGUGAAGGCUGACUGUGGCAUUGGCUUUCAUUAAAUCGCUCAUGUUAAUGUUAUUUA